AUGCCAUUUGGAAAGGUGCUCCUCAGCGAUGGAAACCAAAUGCCCACCAUUGCGUUCGGUACCGGAUCCAAGUGGAAAGGCCACGACGUUACCGACUACGUCUUGGAGGCGAUAGAAGCCGGCUUCUCGCACAUUGAUACUGCGCAAUAUUAUGCCAAUGAGGAAAGUGUCGCUGCUGCAAUUCGGCAGAGUGGCCUUACGCGCUCGGAAUUCUUUGUCACGACGAAGUGGUCUGGACAAGCUGGUGUACGUGAAUCGCUCGAGGCGAGUCUGUCAAAGCUUGAGCUAAAGCAGAUCGACCUCUAUCUCGUUCACAGCCCUGUCUUCAUCCACGAUAUGGAGAAGGACUGGCGGGAAUUUGAGCGUGCCAAGGAGGAUGGUCUCGUGAAGUUAGCACUUUACCCUUCGACGGAAAUAUUCGGUGUGCACAGAGCCAACCAACAGAUUCGCAGGAGCAUCGGUGUUAGCAAUUUUAAGCUGGGACAACUGCAGCAGCUCAUGAAGAUAGCCAAAUUCAAGCCUGUCGCUAAUCAGAUCUUGUUCCAUCCCUAUAAUUACUCCCAGAACAAGGAGUUGCUCAGCUACUGCGCCUCGCACGGUGUGGUCGUGGAAGCAUACGGCAGCCUCACACCUAUCACGAUAUACCCCGGCGGUCCCGUCGACAAGCCUGUCCAAGCUGCCGCCGAUAGGCUAGGCGCCACGCCUACGCAGGUAAUCCUCUCGUGGGUGCGGAGCAAGGGCGUCGUGAUUGUGACGACUAGCUCGAACCCUGAACACAUGCGAGAAUAUAUCGCCGUCGGAGACCUCCCUCCAUUGACGGAGGAAGAGAUCGAGGCAAUCGAUGCCGCUGGCGCGACCGGGCCACCUAAGCUCGCCAUUUUGUCGCAUGCGCUCACGUCUCACUUACCAGUAUCAGUGACAUCGCGCGCCCCGGCACUUGGACGCUUCCUUCGCAUAAUUUGGCUUAUCCUCUCAUUGUUGUUUUUCGGAUGGAGCUUCAACAGAGGCAGGGCAUGA